GCGGAAGUAACGUGGGCUACGCGCCCUGAGCGUGAUGGAGCAGCAGCAGCAGCUAAGAAACUUGCGAGACUUCCUGUUGGUCUACAAUCGGAUGACCGAACUGUGCUUCCAGCGCUGUGUGCCCAGCCUGCACCACCGAGCUCUGGACGCUGAGGAGGAGGCCUGUCUGCACAGCUGUGCCGGGAAGCUCAUCCAUUCCAACCACCGCCUUAUGGCCGCUUAUGUGCAACUUAUGCCCGCCCUUGUCCAGCGCCGCAUCGCGGACUACGAGGCUGCCUCGGCCGUGUCAGGUCCUGCAGAGCAGCCCAGAGACUCGGCAGCAGGCAGCUAGCCAUCCCCUGGCCCAGGAAAGAAGGUGCUUGGAUGGGCGCCUCUGUGAACCUUGGUCUUGACGAAAUUUGUACAGAGAUUGAGCCUGAAAGCUGAACAUUAUUGCUCCUUUUUUUGGAGCCAAUAAACCGAGUUUUUACUCUGGUUUAUUUUCUGGGCAGGAACUUUUUUGUCCAUUUAUUGGUAUUGACCUGUAUUCUGUCAUUUAGUAUCUAUCUACCGCACUCAGCCCUGGCAGUUGAGAAAUUGCCUUAGUUAGGUAGAAGGACAAACUAAGCAUUCCCAAAUUCCCAGGAGAAGCGUAGGUACUUUUAAGGUUGGUCAUUGCAACAGGAAAUUGGUUCCAAAAGGAGAGUUUUCAGUGGCUGUGCUUGAGUCUAACUUAACGGCCUGAAUAUAUAUUGUCUAAUAACUAGUUUUAUCUGAACUGUCAUACAAAAAAAAAUUGUACUAGAUCUAGGGGAAGAAGGGGCAAUAUAAAACAACAAAAGGAGGAAGAAAACAGUACUGCAAUAGGCGUUAGCCACCAAUUCUUAGGAGAUCAGUGAAAGCAGAGCAGAGACAAGCCUUUAAGAUUUAAGGAAAUUGUCCAGAAUUUCAGUCAUUUCCCCAGUGUACCAUCUUAGUAUUUCCUAUCUUUGUGAAAUCAGUAAUAAAUACUUUAAACAAAAAAAGGGGGGGCUUUCUUCUCAUCUUUAGGGCAAGUGAAGAGGACUGCACUAGUCAGAUUUCAAGAAUAGAAACCUAAGGGAGAGGUAGGUGCUGGUAGAGGGGGUGGUUAGAUAAAAUCUGUGCGACCCCUAAUGCAUCCUUAGUGUUUCACUGCUUGCCCAGAAUCUCCCAAUUCCAGCUCUCUACUUUCCACCUUACAUACUUCUCAUUGUAACUGAUGACAGCUUUUCUAGUUUCAUUACUGCCCCCUCCCUUUGAGGCAUCGUGGGGUUCACAUCUGUAUACAGGAGGACACCUCCUUUCCUGGCCCUGCCUUUUCCAUGACAUCAUCCCUGGUAUGGGGAUAGGGAAGAAAGUAGGAUGUGGCAAAUACCACCAUGUGGGCUUCAGGAUAAUGAGAGGAUGCAGGGCAAGCAACAGUAUGGGGUCUGUGUUUUUGUUUUACUGGGGCUUACACUCAAGGGCUGUGCAUGUCAGUAGAAACUCUAACAGCUUAAACUAUCCAUUUCCUCUUCGCUGCUUUCCUUAAUCCCAUCCCAUCCCUUCAAGUAUGGCAACAGGUGGCCAGCUUUCACGUUUCACAGAGGGAUUCAAACUUAAAUUCCCAGCCAAAAUCAACCAUUCACAAAGUAAAUUUUCCCCCACCUAGAGGUCAGAAAUAUGCUUUUUAUUUUUGAGAUAGGGUCUCAAAACUGACCUGGAAAGUACAAUAACUAAAGAUGACCUUGAACUCCUGAUUUUCCUGCCUUAACCUCCCUAUUGCUGGCCAGCCAAAAAAAUUGAAAUAUUUAGUCAACUUUAUGUUAAAAUGCAGCUCUUUCUCCAGGCCUUAUUAUGCAUGCCUAUAAGCCCACUGCUUAACAGAUUGAGAAAUGAGUUUGAAGGCAGUCUGCUGUGUAUCAAGCCCCUAUCGAUAAAUUGCAGCUGAGACAGUAACUACAAUGGGCUGCUUCUCAAAAUCAUGUCUGUUGAGUAUGUUGUAUAAAUUUAUCUUAUUUAUUCAUUUUAUUGCAAACCUAGGAUGUAUUAUUUCCAUCUAACAGGUAAAGAAGAACCCAGAAUGUAUGAGAGUCUGUCUUAUACACAGUUCUUUGAAAACAGAUUCUAGUGUGUCUCUGUGUUUUUGUUUUUGUUUUUCAUUUUAGGUGAUUUUGCCAUGGGGUCCAUUGGCCUUAAACUUGUGGUCCUCCUGUCUCAGCCUCCCAGGUACUGGGAUUACAGACAUGGGCUACAACUGGUUGCUAGAUAAUUCUUUAGGAAGAUAAAAAUUGCUGAUGAGGCACUUCCCUGUAGAAUGACCUCAUGUCUACCGGAUAAAAUUCACUCCUUGACAGUAUAAAUGUAAAUAAAGCAACUUGUGAACGUCUUAAUUCCCAAAGACAGGAAUGUAGAAACCCAGGAUAUUGUAUUGCUGUUGGGAGAGCUCUUCUACAUCAGCAUUGUAUGUAUCCUUUCAAUAAACACGUCCUGUGAGUU